AUGAAUGCGACCGCCGCAGAAGAAAGCCGUCCCCAGGACACAUCUACACCCACCCAAAACGUCGCUGAUGAAGUAGCGACUAUCCCCUUGAGCAUCAGUGCUGCGGCGUCUUCAGAGGAAAGCCGCCCCCAGGACACAUCCAACCCCACCCAAGACAUUCCCGAUGAAGCAGCGAGCACUUCAUUGAGCAUCGGAGAUGCGGUCGUCACAGAUGAAAGCCGUCCCCUGGACGCACCCGCACCUAUCCACGACGUUCCCGAUGAAGCAGCGAGCACUCUCCGGAGCAGCGAAGAUGCGGUCGCCCCAGAGGGAAGCCGUCCCCAGGACAUACCCACACCCACUCAAGAUGUUCCCGAUGAAGUAGCGAGCACUCCCUGGAGCGUCGACGAGCGCCUUUUCAUCGAGUUGCAAGCCGGCUUUGCACUCACCGCCGCCUUCCUGCCCAUCUGUACAGUACUCCCGCCGACUGGUCAGAGCUACUACUACGUCUUUCGCCGGUUCUUUAGGACUGAGGAUCAAGAUACCUCCGAGAUCACUCCCGAACAGGACGCCGCCGCAACCCCGAGAACCCAAGAAGAGUACCUGCUCAAACAACAGGAGCUGGUACAUUGGGCGCUGAACAAGACGGAUGAAUUAGCGCGGAAGGCGAUGAAGACCGGCGAGUUCAUGAGGGGUAAGAUGUGGAUAAUUGAGCAGGAAGUCUUCGACAAGUACCGAGAGAUUCGCGAAGACUAUGGCCUCGAAUUGCCGAUCGAAGACCCGAGGCAGACCAAGGAGAUUCGCGAAUUCCUGUAUCGUAUCGUUUGCGCAAGGUUUCCUAAAUCGUUGGGACACAGUCCUACCAGCUCAGACGCGGACGAGAAUCACACCGCUGCGGACAAUAAUGACGACGACAUGUAUGAAGGCUCGACCCUUAGCUCUCCGCCCGAAGACGACCUUGAGAAUACAGAGAGCGCUUUGCCGCCGGAGGAAGAUGCACCAGCCACGGAGGAGACUACACGACGGACACGUACGAGGGUCAGGAAGUCCACCGCCGCCCUCGACGACGACAACGCAUUCCCACCGAUCCGUCAGUCCGGUCGAAAAGUCCGUGUAACCGGCAAAGCGAAACAGGCGCAGACAGGUACAAAACGUACCAGGCGAAACACAGUGGUGGGAGAGGAGAGUGAAGAUGAGCAUGAGGAUGGAGACGAAAACAUCGCGGAAGAUGAAGAAGAGGAAGAGGGCGGAGCGUCACCGAAGAAGCGCGCCAAGAAGGCCAUCCGGAAAACCGCCCAGAAGACCGCAAAGCCAAAGAUCAAGAAGGGUCAUGGACCGAAUCGGAAGCUGAACGAUGCCUGGUCGCAAGCAGAGCGCGAGGUCAUCAUAGCGCUCUUCAACAAGAUCAUAGCCGAAAAGGGCCUGAUCUACUGGGCGAACAACAUCAGUGCCCUCUUCUACGAGGCUACCGACGCCGUGAACGCUCAUAGGGCCCUAGACAAGAUUACGUAUCCAGGUGACCCUCGCGGGAUGGACGGUGUCCGCACUCAGGUCCACAAGAAGGCUGCCUACAAGCGCAUUAAAGACCGAGCUGACGCGCUGAGGACUAGGAAGGCCGAUCCGAAGAAUACCGUGACAGAGGCAGAGCUGAAGCCUCGGGAUGUGUUCAAGGCGACGGAUCUUGAGCCCGAUAGCGGCAAGAAAUGA